AUGCAGGGUUGCAUGAACAGAAAUGACAAUGAACGACAAGCUUUUGCUGAGAACAUUGCCAGGAAGUUUCAAGCUAAGGAAGAUGUUUUAGGCAAUGCUGAAAGUGCUCAUCCUCGACCAACUCAAGGUGAGUCAGGCAGGAGGAAUUAUGGUGUGUCAACCGGGACCAAAUCCAGACAGGCCCCAAAUUCUGAUGACAAUCCCAGGCCAACCAAGAGAGGUGGUGGUCGAAGUGGUUCUGAGCGUGGUGGUAGAAGUGGUGGCGGUCGGAGUAGGCUGUCCAAUGUUGAUCAAGGUGGACGUUGCAGUGUUGCUGAGCGUGGAGGAAGAUCGAAUGCAGGAUGUCGUGGUGGUCGCGGCUAUCCUCAUUUUAUGAACAUGCUUUCCGGGCAAGAGAUGAGUCCAAUCGAUCCUCGAAUGAAAAGGGAAGAACAAUGA